GUUUCUGUUCUUGUUUGUUGCUAUUCACUACAUAGAUAGCUUCUAACACUUCUUCUCUCACUCUUCUUUCAGCUUUCUACCACAUUCUUGUGUAAAGCUAUUACACUAUCACCAUUCAUUUCAACUCUCUCCUUUUCAAGAGAACAACCACACAAAGAUCUUCUUAAACUUGUUACUCAGCUCUUCAAGGUAUCUAAAUUCUCAAAAUUUCAGUUGUUAAGGAACCACAUUUAAUUAUGAUCAACUUAAAGUUAGGGGUAGAUGUGGUUGGUGCUCACAAUCUACUACCCAAAGAUGGAGAAGGUUCUUCUAAUGCCUUUGUAGAACUUUACUUCGACGGCCAAAAGUUCCGAACAACCAUUAAAGAAAAGGAUCUUAAUCCUGUUUGGAAUGAGAGCUUCUACUUCAACAUAUCAGAUCCUUCCAAUCUUCACUAUCUCACUCUUGAAGCUUAUGUCCAUUGUCAUUCCAAAGCUACUAACUCAAGUUCAUUUCUUGGUAAAGUUAGCCUCACAGGUACUUCUUUUGUCCCUCAAGCUGAUGCAGUUGUCUUGCACUAUCCGUUGGAAAAGCGCGGGAUUUUCUCUCGUGUAAGAGGUGAGCUUGGCCUUAAAAUUUACAUCACUGAUAAUCCAACCAUAAAAUCCUCAAUUCCAAAUCCUUCUGUUGAGUCCAUGCCAACAAAUAAUCAUGCUGAAGUCCACGGACCUACGGGUUCAAUGAGGAAUGGUUUAUCUCGUGACAAGGUUGAGUCCUCAAGACACACAUUUCAUCACCUCCCUAACACAAACCAUCAACGGCAUCAGCAUCAACAACACUCCACUGGAUAUGCAGAUACUCACUAUGUACCGAAGUAUGAAGCUGAUGAAAUGAAAGCUGAUCAACCACAACCUAUGAAGCUAGUACACAUGCACUCAGUUACAUCACUACAACCGGUUGAUUUUGCACUUAAAGAAACAAGUCCGUUUCUCGGUGGGGGAAGGGUUGUUGGCGGUCGCGUUGUUCAUAAAGACAAGACCGCAAGUACUUAUGACCUAGUUGAAAGGAUGUAUUUUUUGUAUGUCAGGGUCGUUAAGGCUCGUGAGCUUCCUUCUAUGGAUCUUACCGGGAGUCUUGAUCCAUUUGUUGAGGUGAGAAUUGGCAAUUACAGAGGUAUUACCAAACACUAUGAUAAGAAUCAGAAUCCGGAGUGGCAUCAGGUUUUUGCAUUUUCAAAGGAGAGAAUGCAAGCAUCUGUACUAGAAGUUGUGAUCAAGGACAAAGAUCUCAUCAAAGAUGAUUUUGUAGGUAUUGUGAGGUUUGACAUCAAUGAGAUUCCUUUAAGAGUUCCACCAGAUAGUCCUUUGGCACCCGAAUGGUAUCGCCUCGACGAUAAGAAAGGGGAGAAAGUUAAAGGUGAGUUGAUGCUAGCUGUUUGGAUUGGUACUCAAGCAGAUGAAGCAUUUUCUGAGGCAUGGCAUUCAGAUGCAGCUUCUCCUGUGGACAGCACGCCUGCUACUACGACAGUGAUACGUUCAAAGGUCUAUCAUGCUCCGAGGUUGUGGUACGUUCGUGUCAAUGUUGUAGAAGCACAAGACUUGAUUCCAACGGAGAAAAACCGUUUCCCGGAUGCAUAUGUCAAGGUGCAGAUAGGAAACCAAGUGCUGAAAACAAAGACAGUUCCUGCUAGAACUCUAAACCCACAAUGGAAUGAAGAUCUUUUGUUUGUUGCUGCCGAGCCUUUUGAAGAUCAUGUAAUACUUUCCGUUGAAGAUCGAGUUGGUCCGGGAAAAGAUGAGAUCAUUGGGAGGGUUAUCAUACCGCUGAACGCUGUGGAGAGGCGCGCGGAUGAUAGAAUCAUUCAUUCUAGAUGGUUCAACUUAGAAAAGCCUGUUGCCGUGGAUGUUGAUCAGCUGAAGAGAGAAAAGUUUGCAAGCAGAAUUCAGCUACGGCUAUGUCUGGAUGGAGGAUAUCAUGUUCUUGAUGAAUCAACUCAUUACAGCAGCGAUCUACGCCCCACUGCAAAACAGUUAUGGAGGCCUCCAAUUGGUGUUUUAGAACUCGGAGUGCUGAAUGCAAUAGGACUCCACCCAAUGAAAACAAGGGACGGUAGAGGCACUUCUGAUACAUAUUGUGUAGCAAAAUAUGGUCACAAAUGGGUCAGAACAAGGACACUUGUUGACAACUUGUCGCCAAAAUACAACGAGCAAUACACUUGGGAGGUCUUUGAUCCUGCCACAGUCCUCACAGUAGGUGUCUUUGACAAUUCCCAAAUCAGUGGUGAAAAGGGUCACAACAAAGACUUGAAAAUUGGGAAGGUGAGAAUUCGCAUAUCGACUCUUGAAACAGGACGGAUUUACACACACUCGUAUCCAUUGCUUGUUCUUCACCCAACUGGUGUUAAGAAAAUGGGCGAACUUCACUUGGCAAUAAGAUUCUCAUGCACUUCUUUUGCAAACAUGCUUUACCUAUACUCAAAACCACUUCUCCCGAAAAUGCAUUACGUUAGGCCAUUCGCAGUCAUGCAACUCGAUAUGCUACGCCACCAAGCAGUAAACAUAGUGGCAGCGCGGCUCGGUCGAGCAGAGCCACCACUUCGUAAAGAAGUGGUUGAAUACAUGUCAGAUGUUGAUUCACAUUUAUGGAGCAUGCGCCGUAGUAAGGCAAACUUCUUUCGCCUCAUGACAGUUUUCUCUGGUGUGUUUGCAGUUGGAAAAUGGUUAGGUGAUAUCUGCAUGUGGUUAAAUCCUAUCACAACAGUCCUUGUUCAUGUGUUGUUUCUCAUGUUGGUUUGCUUCCCAGAGUUGAUUUUGCCUACACUUUUUCUCUACCUAUUCUUGAUAGGUGUAUGGAACUUCAGGUACCGACCAAGAUACCCUCCACACAUGAACACAAGAAUCUCACAAGCUGAUGUAGUACACCCCGAUGAAAUGGAUGAGGAAUUUGAUACUUUUCCAACAAGCAAAAAUCCCGACCUUGUAAGAAUGCGGUAUGAUCGUUUGAGGAGUGUGGCUGGUAGAAUACAAACCGUUGUAGGUGAUUUGGCUAGCCAGGGUGAGAGGAUUCAUGCACUGUUGAGCUGGAGAGAUCCGCGUGCUACUUCUUUAUUCAUUACUUUCUGUUUGUUAGCUGCUUUGGUGUUAUAUGUUACUCCUUUUCAAAUGGUGGCUGGUUUAGCAGGUUUCUAUUUCAUGAGGCAUCCGAGAUUUCGACACAGGCUUCCAUCUGCACCGAUCAAUUUCUUCCGUCGUCUUCCUGCAAGAACUGAUAGUAUGUUGUAGAAUUCUUUCUUCUUGGUUCCAAUUCACCAUUUUGCUUGACAGUAUAGUAUAGUCUAGUAGUGUAAGUGAUGUUUCAAACAACCUUUUCAUUUGUCCUUCUCUAUUAUCAUUAUUUUGUAUCUGGUGGCCCUUAUUUUGUUUCCAUUAUGUAACACUAAAAUAAAUAAUAAUGGUGAUUUGUAGUAUUAUGUUCUAGCAAGCUUAACCAGAGGAGGACUUCUAAUUUGUAUGUGGAUUUCUUAGCAUCUAAUCCAUUAUGUACACUCUAAUUCUCUUUACUA